AUGUCUCUCUGGUCUAUUUUUCCCCCUUGUAAAUUAAGACUAGUGUUCACGAGGAAUGUUUUUGAUGUUCAUAAGGAACUUCAAGCUAAAAGCUAUUGUCUGGCACUCGACCCCUCCUCAACUUCCGACUCACCUCAAUAUUCACUCGACUCUCCACUUUACUCUCCCUCCCUCCCUUCCCUGGUGAACAAUUUCCACUCUCCACACUACCCCAAUUACCCUAAUUGCACUCCUGGCCCGCCCUACCCACUUUCGCCCACCCUCACACUCGCCCACCCUCACACUCGCCCACCCUCACACUCGCCCACCCUUACACUCGCCCACCCUCCCACUCGCCCACCCUCACACUCGCCUACCCUCACACUCGCCCACCCUCACACUCGCCCACCCUCACACUCGCCCACCUUCACAUUCGCCCACCCUUGCACUCGCCUACCCUCACACUCGCCCACCUUCACAUUCGCCCACCCUUACACUCGCCCACCCUUACACUCGCCCACCCUCACACUCGCCCACCCUCACACUCGCCCACCCUUACACUCGCCCACCCUCACACUCGCCCACCCUCACACUCGCCCACCCUCACACUCGCCCACCUUCACAUUCGCCCACCCUUACACUCGCCCACCCUCACACUCGCCCACCCUCACACUCGCCCACCCUCACACUCGCCCACCCUCACACUUGCCCACCAUUACAAUCGCCCACCCUCACAGUAUGAACAAAUUUGUUCAUACUGUGUCCAACGCUGGUGUCCACUCACCCACAGCGCACUUUGGAGCCCCCUGGCGGCUGAGUGAACAGGACGCUGGAUACGGAAUCCUGUAA